AAGAAGAAGAACCGGCGGUGAGGCGGCGACGACGGGAAGGAAAGGAGCCGUAAGAACAGUCCCGGAUGGCGGCCGGCGGCUGAGCGCGCCUCUCCGGGCCCCCCCACCCCGCCGCCGCCUCUCGGGGGCAGCGAUGUCGAACGCGGGGACGCGCAGAACCGGCUCGAGUAUCAAAGUCCGCCUCACAGUACUUUGUGCCAAGAACCUUGCAAAAAAAGAUUUCUUCAGGCUUCCUGACCCGUUUGCAAAGGUGGUAGUUGAUGGAUCCGGUCAGUGCCACUCAACUGACACUGUGAAGAACACAUUAGACCCCAAGUGGAACCAGCAUUAUGAUUUAUAUAUUGGCAAGUCAGAUUCAAUCACCAUCAGUGUCUGGAACCACAAGAAAAUACACAAGAAACAGGGAGCUGGCUUCCUGGGGUGCGUCCGACUCCUUUCCAACGCCAUCAGCAGGCUAAAAGAUACCGGAUACCAGCGUUUGGAUCUAUGCAAACUAAACCCCACAGAUACCGAUGCGGUUCGAGGCCAGAUAGUAGUCAGCUUACAGACGCGGGACAGGAUAGGCACAGGCGGGGCCGUCGUCGAUUGCAGGGGGCUGUUGGAGAAUGAAGGAACCGUUUAUGAAGACUCAGGACCCGGAAGGCCACUGAGCUGCUACAUGGAGGAGCCGGCGCCGUACACGGACAGUACUGGGGCUGCCGGGGGAGGGAACUGUCGAUUUGUGGAGUCUCCUGGUCAGGACCAGACGUUGCAGGCCCAGCGAUUGCGGGCUCCCGACACGAGAGGCCACGUCCAGACUCCCCAGAAUAGGCCGCACGGUCAUCAGUCGCCAUCCCCUGACCUGCCUGAAGGCUACGAACAAAGGACAACUGUACAGGGACAGGUUUAUUUUUUGCAUACACAAACUGGUGUUAGCACGUGGCAUGACCCCAGGAUACCAAGAGACCUUAACAGUGUGAAUUGCGAUGAACUCGGACCUCUGCCGCCAGGUUGGGAAGUCAGAAGUACAGUGUCCGGAAGAAUAUAUUUUGUAGAUCAUAAUAACCGAACCACCCAGUUCACGGACCCGAGAUUGCAUCACAUUAUGAACCACCAAUGCCAGCUGAAAGAACCCAACCAGCCUUUGUCGGUGCAGAACGAGGGGACAUUGGAAGACAGCGAGGAGUUGCCAGCGCAGAGAUACGAGCGAGACUUGGUACAGAAACUCAAGAUCCUUCGGCAUGAGCUUUCCCUCCAGCAGCCCCAAGCUGGUCACUGCCGCAUAGAAGUGUCGAGGGAAGAAAUAUUUGAGGAGUCGUACCGUCAGAUAAUGAAGAUGAGGCCGAAAGAUCUGAAGAAGAGGCUGAUGGUGAAGUUUCGAGGUGAAGAGGGCUUAGAUUACGGUGGCGUGGCCAGGGAGUGGCUGUACUUGCUAUGCCACGAAAUGCUGAACCCCUAUUAUGGACUUUUCCAGUACUCCACUGACAACAUUUACACGCUGCAAAUAAAUCCAGACUCCUCUAUCAAUCCCGACCACUUGUCUUACUUCCACUUUGUCGGUCGGAUCAUGGGCCUGGCUGUGUUCCAUGGGCACUACAUCAACGGGGGUUUCACAGUCCCUUUCUACAAGCAGCUGCUGGGAAAACCCAUCCAGUUGUCCGAUCUGGAAUCCGUUGACCCGGAACUGCACAAGAGCCUUGUUUGGAUUUUAGAAAACGACAUCACUCCAGUUCUGGACCAUACGUUUUGCGUGGAGCACAACGCCUUCGGCAGGAUCCUGCAGCACGAGCUCAAGCCAAACGGCAGAAACGUCCCUGUCACGGAGGAGAACAAGAAAGAAUAUGUCAGGCUGUACGUGAAUUGGCGGUUCAUGAGAGGGAUUGAGGCCCAGUUCCUGGCUCUCCAGAAGGGUUUUAACGAGCUCAUCCCUCAGCACCUUUUGAAGCCUUUUGACCAGAAGGAGCUUGAGCUGAUCAUAGGAGGCCUGGACAAGAUCGAUUUGAACGACUGGAAGUCCAACACGCGCCUGAAGCACUGUAUGGCGGACAGCAGCAUUGUCAAGUGGUUCUGGCAGGCAGUGGAAGCCUUCGACGAGGAGAGGCGGGCGAGGCUGCUGCAGUUCGUGACAGGCUCCACGCGGGUCCCACUUCAGGGCUUCAAGGCUUUGCAAGGCGCGGCAGGACCCAGGCUCUUCACCAUCCACUUGAUAGAUGCAAAUACGGACAACCUUCCAAAAGCUCACACUUGCUUUAACCGAAUCGACAUUCCGCCUUAUGAGUCCUACGAGAAACUUUACGAGAAGCUCCUGACGGCCGUGGAAGAGACGUGUGGAUUUGCCGUGGAGUGAACGGGCCACCAAAGGAAACAAGAUUCUAGCUCACGGACCACCCAACCAAAAGCUCGCGCGAAGAAGAAGCUUGCUGUGACCCCUCUGUUGUCCGAAGCCUCGGGACGCUAAAAGGACUCGGGGAGACGAGGCCAUCGCCCCUCCUGCGGUGACGUCAGGGGCUUUUGCUGGUGGUUCCCAACCACACGAUUCCUCCCUUUUUUUUGUUACAGUAAUUCCCUUUUCUUUUUUCCCCCGCUCCCGCAUUUCCCACGAAACAAAAGACAGCCAGGGGAUCGGGGUUUUGGUUUUGGUUACCCAAGAUAAUCUGCUAGACUUUGUAACACAUAUUGUGGAUAAGGUCCAUGACCGGCAGUCUUUUUGUUUUGUUUUUGAAAUAGGAGUUAAAUCAGACUUGUCGUUGAGAGUCUUGAGGUUGGCUUGCUGAGGACUUUUGGCUGGUCGUGUGUACCUGGAUGUUUUGUCUUAACGCAGCCCUGAGCCUCCUCUUCUCCCCCCCCCCCCCCCCCGGUAGAGCCCAGAAGCUGCAGAAAAGAGAGACUGGUGCCAGGAGGCCCCAAAUGCACAUUUCAGAGUACUCGUUGCAGAACGGUUAGCGGAAUGCAGCUCCAUAGGCACACGUGUUCCUUAAUAGGAAGCGCUCUAUGCGACUGCAGCGGCUUGGCUUUUUUGAGAACCGACUGAGGAAUCCAAGCCAUCCUUGAAUGGGGCAGUAAGCUUUUUUUUUUCUUUCCUGUUUCGGGUGCUUCAAAGCCGAGAACAGCUUCGUUCUGCAGGCUUCCUUCCCUAAUGUAUAUUAGAGAAUGCACAGAGAGAGAGAGAGAGAGGGAAAGCAGGCUUGGGGCGACAUGACCCAGCAGUCCGGAAUGUUUUCUUCUGACGCGGCUUUCUCAGGCGCUUUCUUUUGACUCGAAUUUGCAGAAGUCUCUUAAGAGGAAAUAGCUAGAAGCAAAUGGAACCAAGUUCCGUGUAGCCCGGAGAACGAUGCAGUCGAGCGGAGGAGCGUAUGUAGACAAUAAAUGUCUAACACAAUGUAAAUCUAUUGGGAAGAUUCAUGGUUUUAGCCUACAGAGAUUGAGCCAACCCGGAGUACUGCUUUUAGCCUCUUGCUUUUUUCCUCUUCUCGUUUUCAUCCUUCUGAAGCAAAAAUAGUUCAAGACUGGUUUUAAGUCACUCACUUCAUGAGACUUCCCAGAGGAAAACCAAAGUAACCUGGUUAGUUGAAUCACACUUAACAGUUUGCACAACAGCACAGUAUUUUUUUUUUAAACAUUUCCUUGCAGGAAGGCCCAGUCGUCAUCAAAUGUGUCUUAGAUAGACUUGACUUCACAAUACUUUUUUUUAUUCAAGAAAAGAAACACAAAGAUCCAUGUUUAACGGUUGGCGUUCUGGACAAGUCGCGUGUCGGGUUUCAACCGUGGAUCAGAUUUGUUCUCUGACCCACAAAAAUAUUUCUAUGGUCCAUUUUUUAAAAGAAAAACAUUGAAAACAGCUUUAAACUACAGUAGGUCAAACUAAAGCUAGAUACUUGUUCGAAUCCUGAAAAAUCUUUCCUGUUCGUUCAGUUGACCGUAACUUUUUUUGUGAUUCGAUGUUUUGGGAACAUGAGGAUUUGCAUUUGUGAGAGGGGGAAUUGUCUUGUUUUGUGAAAUUUGCACCAUGUGGCUGAAGUGUUGGAUUUCAUUGGUGGACUCAGAUGUAAAUGGGGGGGGACGGGGGGAGGGCCUUUGGGACCCAGUCGCACUUAAAAGGACCAGUUAACUGCAUUAUUGGGGGGGGGGAGGAGGAAGUGUUGUACGGUUUGGCAUUCAAAAUAAUUAGCCAGGUUUAAUUUACAAGUCCUCUGGGUAACAGAACUAUAGCAACUCCAGCUUUCCAAAUGCCUAUCGGGGUGAGAUGCUGCCCUCUCAGGCAUAAGUAAGCCCUGUCAGUGGAACCGGAACCUACACGGUACCAUAGAAAGGUGCGAAUGCUACCAAGAGGCUGUCCAGACCGUCCUCUGCAGGGAGGAAGGAUGAGAGAGAUGUUUUCAAGCCCAGCAGUCGGCUUCAUGCACAGUCCAGAGGAAAACAGGCUAACCCUGUAAGAUUAGCAGGGAGACCCCUGCCAAAGAAUAAACUUACCGGCCAGUUCUUCUCACUGCUGUUGCAAUACAGUUGUGGGAUAACUUGAAACAAGAGGGACCUUUAGAGUUGUGGCAUAACUUGAAACAAGAGGGACCUUUAGAGUUGUGGCAUAACUUGAAACAAGAGGGACCUGUAGAGGCACACCAUGCUGUGUAGAAGUGACACGCCCCGAGGCAGCGCAAAGGCACGGGUGGUUCAGGCCAGGUAGCAUAGAUGGUUUCUCCGUGACAACAGUGAGGGAGACAGGAGGAGUGGGUCAUUUGUUUCCUUGGUGACCUCUCCUGUUCCUUGGGGUUUUUUUGUGCCUUUUGCACUGCAGCUGUUUAAAGGCCAAAUGGACCCAUUUCCCAUCACGUUGGGCAUUCAAGGUUUUGAGUCAGGAAUGAGCUGGGAUUUGUGAGGGAAAGCAUACUAGGCAAACUCAGUGAUUCUUCUCCCCCUCCCCUUUCCAUGGUGCUGGCAGCAGUGCCAUAGAUCGCACCUCUUUCUUCUCGAGCUCAAAAUCCCACAUCUGAGUGUGCUUGAAGAGAUGUAGAAAGGUCAGAUCCUCUUGCUGUGAAAGGCGGGGUGCCUAAGCUUGAAUCUGCCCUUCCCUGACAUUUACACCAUCCGGACAAAACACGCAGCAGAAAUAGAAGGUGGGGCAGCUUAUACAUUUGCCACUGCAGCCUCUUGGUUGCUAACGCCACCUGGGACAGGCCCACAGGGAGCGAGCGAAGGUCGUCAGAGGGUCAGAUGGGGACUGGAAGCACAAGCGGUUUAACGUGGCCUGGGUUGUCACACUUUCUUUUCCCCAUCUCUCCUACUACUCCCUCCCCCUCUCAAGUCUUUUUCAACAGAGACACACGGAGGACACACCAGGGCAUUUGCACUUCCUGCCCCCCCCCACACCCCGUGUUGGCACAUCCAAAGCCUCCCACGGCCUUUCAACGUAUGUAGCAAGGACAAAGCUAGGGCCUCUCGUCCAGCAGUACCAGUCUCCGUUGGCUUCCCCUGAAGCGCAUCGUCAUCUCUGCAUCCGUGCUCUCAGGGACGUAGGAAGUGACCACUUGUGUGCAUGUGCGUGCGUGCGCGUGUGUUUAGCGAAUCGGGAAGGCAUGAGUGUGUAAAACAACAAUAUCGAACCAGCUUUUGCUUUAGAGAAAGACUGCUUGCUCGGCGCAGGGAGCGUGUCCACCUUGCUAAAGGCUCAGCUCGUUAUAAUGCCCCAUUCUGUCCCAGACCCCCCCUCCCAUAGCCAGAACCCAGAAUCAACACUGUAGAGCACAGAAAGAUUUUUGUUGGGGGGGGGAAGGAGGAAGCAGUAUGUAUUUGUGUCUCUAUCUUUUUUUUUUUUGCUCCGUUAUAUAUAUAUUUUUUGUUCAACCACUUUAUAAUGUAUUUUUUAACUUAUUGUUUUUGUAAUGUCUUUUUUUUUUAAGUAUUGCUGCUACCCGUGUUAUUCCUCUCACUGUUUUUAAUUGCGGAUUUUAUUUUGUGGAAAAGUUGUACACUAAUUCCCCCCCCCCUUCCAUUUUAUGUCUUAAAAUCAAAGUAUUUAAAGAAAUACUACUAUUUAACGUGGCAAUGGAACCGGCUGGAAUAAACAAUGAUUGUAUAGUAGGCUGGGCCCAGGAGGUCAUGUUCAUUUUUUUUCUCCCCCCCCCCCUUUUUGUUACAUAUGCAAUAAACUCACAACUUUAAGUU